GUACUUUAUUUUUAGUAGCUUCCUUAUAGUCCCUUUUUAAAAAUUACUAUUGAUUUAAUAGACGAACUAAUGUAGUAACAGGGCUUUCGUCAACCACUCAAAUUAAUGUGCCUGAAACGUCAUUUUAUUCGAAAUCUCAUCUUAAUCGGUAACGUCGGUCGUCCGCGUCGCGCUCUGUUACUCUGUGGUUUAUAGUCAUUAAAAUAUAACACUGUCAUACUGAAAGGCAUACAACUGCCUGCGGAAUGCACUUUUGAAAAUUUGAAACAUUAUUCGUCUUUAGUAUUGUUUCGGAGAUAUUUAAGACGGUGAUACCAACAAGAAGCAAGCCUUGCCGGAAAAAGUUAACGUCCUCAAGUAAGAAAUUAUUUCGAUUAAUACAAUAAUAAUUGCUUGUAGUGUUACUAUUCAAAUAGUAAGUAUUUAUAAGAAAAUAAUAUUUAAGGUUUAUAUACCUAGAGUAAGAACAAUGGUCGAGGACAAAAUAGUUCGGUGUGCAUGGUUAACGAAAGACCCUAUUUACAUUAAAUACCAUGAUGAAGAGUGGGGAAGACCUGAAUACAAUAGCCAUCGACUAUUCGAAAUGUUGUGUUUAGAAGGACAACAAGCUGGCCUUUCUUGGAUAACUAUAUUGAAAAAAAGGAAAUCAUACCGACAGUUAUUCUUUGAAUUUAAUCCGUAUGAAGUAGCGAAACUACAAGAUGAAAACGUCGUAAAUUUGUCUCAAAUGUCGAGCCUUGUAAAACACAAAAGCAAAAUAGAAUCUAUUGUAAACAAUGCGAAAUGUUACAUAAAAAUGGAAGAAGAAGGUGAAGAUUUUUCGAAAUUUAUCUGGAGUUUUGUUAAUUACAAACCUAUAGUGAACAGAUGGAAAACUAACGAUCAAGUACCUUCACAAACUCUUACAUCUGCAACAUUAUCAUCUCGUCUAAAAGCAAAAGGCUUCAAAUAUGUUGGACCUACGACUUGUUAUGCUUUUAUGCAAGCUUGUGGCUUAGUCAAUGACCAUUUAACAACUUGUAUAAGUUAUAAGAAAUAUACUUGAAAUCUUACGUAGCCCAGUUUA